UGAUUUCUUGUUGCAGGAAUAACACCAAAGACCGAUGUCUUCAAGAGUGGCUCAUGAUGAAACUAGGCAUGAGAUCAUCGAAACCAUCACCAAGGCUAGUAGUGUGGUCCUGCCUUCCAAAGUGGAGAAUGAAGAAGUCAUAUCCCGGAGAGGUGUCAUAAAACAAGUGUUGGCUGGACUAGCCAUUGCAUCUUCAACACUGAUGACAGGGUUCACAAGCGCUUGGCCAGUGGUCUUACCAAAGUUGCAGGAGAGCUCUCAGUCCUUCCAAGUAACUGAUCAAGAUGUGGCGUGGCUGGUUUCACUGCAAGGUAUGGUGGGCAUGUUCACAUCCCUAGUCUCAGGCCACCUAGUGGAAUAUUUCGGACCCAGGAGACUGCUACUCAUGUGCUUACUCCCCACCUUCGGCCUGUGGAUGCUAAUGGCAUUCACUCCCUACCUCAGCCUGCUCUACAUCAGCCGCGUGGGACUGUCCAUCAGCACCUACUUGAUAAAGAGCUUCUUCCAGGCCUACAUCGCCGAGUUAUGUCAGCCGAGGAUACGGGGAGCCAUCGCUGCUCUGCCCGAGAUCAUCAUAGCGAUUGGUGUCUUGGCGACCUACACUCUGGCGAACUUCUUUUCCUACGAGUUUGUGACCGCAGUUUUGGCCGCUCCGUUUCUGCCACUUUUCAUCAUAGUUAUAUUUAUUCCUGAGUCUCCAUAUUGGCUAGCCAGAAGAAACAGGAUGGAGGAAGCCAAGUCUUCUCUGAAAAAACUUCGCGGGGAAAAAGACACUGUUGAGAGAGAGUUACACAUACUCACUAAUACCAACAAAGCUCAGUCAUCAGCGUGGACACAGGUCCAUGAGUUGAAAAAGGGGAAGAACAUCCGUCCAGUCUUGUUCGUCCUGGCCAUCUUAGCUCUCAGGGAAAUUAGCGGGCAGACAGCCGUCUUCUCCUAUUCGGUUUACAUGUUCCGCCAAGCUGGCAUCGAGCUAGACGCCUUCCUCUGCACGGUCUUCAUCGGCUGCGUCCGGCUGAUCUGCUCGUUCGUGGCAGCCGGUGCUCUUGACUGCGCGGGACGUCGGCCAUUCCUAAUAGGCAGCUCUGUCAUCUGCGGCCUGGCCGAGCUGAUAAGUGGAGUGGCCAUUUUGCUGAAUUUUCCCGGCACUUCGUGGAUUCCUCUGUCAGGACUCCUGAUCUACGUCGCUGCUUAUGGCCUCGGCCAAGGGUCGAUACCCUGGAUACUCAUGGGAGAGCUGUUGCCUACCCCUGUCAGAUCCAUAGGGUCCUCCAUCAUCACCUUCAGCUACUGCACGUUGCUCUUCAUCGUCAACCUCUUGUUUUUCAGAAUGACCGAGUCUCUGAGUUUGGGAGGGGCUCUUUGUCUGUUUUCCAUGGCGAAUUUAGUCUUGGCGGUGGUAACGUUCGUGUGGUUGCCUGAAACGCGCGGGAAGUCGUUGGAUGAACUGGAGACGGCUUUCACGAGGCCACGCAGAGAACAGCAGUUUAGUCAGGAAGUAAGAAUUCGCAGUGCCCAAGCUGUAAAUGUAAGAUAGAGUAAAUGACGUCAGUUCUAUACAUUGUACUAAUACUGUUCUUUCAUAGCGUUAGUUUUUUUACUGACAAGGUGAAUCAACAUAAACACUAAUUAUGUACACGAAUUAAAAAGAGUAGAUAAAAUACAAAUAAUAUAAUUAAAUUGUAAGAAUUA